CUUGUGAAUCCGUUCAGAGUUAUCCCACCUCCCCUUGUCGCUGCAAGCGCGCACGCCACCAAGGUAAGCAUGAUCAAUAGUUUUUCAAUUAUAGACUUAUAGUCGUUGAAUUGGUGCAACUUUUUGCCAUCGAUGUGCUUAUCUGAUCUCCUAUACACCCGAUCUUCAAUUUUCUCUAUUGAUUUUAGGUUUUCCUCUCUAAAAAAUUAGUUGUUUCCAUUGAUCAUUGGGAAUUUACUAAGGCCACUUUUAGGUUUUGAAAUUGUUGAGCUGUUCCGUUUGUUCGGGGGUUCAAGGACCGGAGUAAGAGAGUUUUCUGAAGAUGUGGGCAGCGUCUUGCCUUGCGUCAUGCUGCGCCGCUUGCGCCUGUGAUGCCUGUAGGACGGUGGUGUCCGGGAUCAGCCGCCGUUCUGCCCGUAUUGCUUAUUGCGGUCUUUUUGGGCUAUCUCUGAUUGUUUCAUGGAUUUUUCGACAAGUUGCUGCUCCUCUCAUGGAGAAAAUCCCAUGGAUUAAUCAUUUCCACAAAACACCAGAUAGGGAAUGGUUUGAAACAGAUGCAGUGCUUCGAGUUAGCUUGGGAAACUUCAUAUUUUUUACAGUCCUUUCAAUCAUGAUGAUUGGCGUAAAAAGUCAGAAGGAUCCUCGUGAUAAUUUGCACCAUGGCGGGUGGAUGGUGAAAAUAAUCUUCUGGUUCCUUUUAGUAAUAUUUAUGUUUUUUGUUCCAAACAAGCUGAUCAGCUUUUAUGAGACCACUUCAAAGUUUGGUUCGGGAUUAUUUCUUCUUGUUCAAGUUGUGCUUUUAUUGGACUUUGUCCAUGGAUGGAAUGACAAAUGGGUUGGAUAUGACGAGCAAUUUUGGUAUGCCGCCUUGCUUAUCAUUUCACUUUCUUGUUAUGUGGCAGCUUUUGUUAUUAGUGGAGUUCUUUUUCAUUUCUUUACUCCAUCCGGACAUGACUGUGGGCUGAACACUUUCUUUAUAGUCAUGACUCUGAUUUUUAUCUUCACCUUUGCUAUUGUCACUCUUCAUCCUUCAGUGAAGGGAAGCGUUUUCCCAGCUUCAGUUAUAUCUUUGUACUGUACAUACCUUUGUUAUAGUGCCCUUGCAAGUGAGCCUAGAGAUUAUGAAUGCAACGGCCUUCAUAGGCAUUCAGAAGCUGUUUCCACUGGUACACUAACUCUUGGCCUGCUGACAACAGUCUUAUCUGUAGUCUACUCUGCUGUCCGUGCUGGAUCGUCUACAACUUUGCUUUCCCCUCCUAGCUCACCACGUGCUGGGAAACCUUUGUUGCCAUUAGACAAGGUGAACGAGCACGAGAUAGAGAAGUCAAAGCCGGUAACAUAUUCAUAUUCCUUUUUCCAUAUUAUCUUCUCUCUUGCCAGCAUGUAUUCUGCUAUGCUACUCACUGGCUGGUCAACAUCUGUUGGGGAGAGCGGGAAAUUGGUGGAUGUUGGAUGGGCAUCGGUUUGGGUUAGAGUGACGACUUGCUGGGUGACUGCUGCGCUGUUUAUCUGGUCUAUGGUUGCCCCAAUUCUCUUCCCGGACCGCGAGUUCUGAGCAUUGUGACUUCGUUAUUUGAACAUGUAGCGUUGACAAAGCUGUUUGUAUCUGAAUGGGUAGAGAAAAUCCCUUUUUCAUGACGCUUUGGUGUGUCGGUUGUGCAAGUCGAAUAUGGCUUCUAUUGCCCACAUAAAUGUGAAUUUAUAGAAUUCUAUUGCAUCUGUUUAUUGUC